CGUACCUUUAGAGGUUAGUAUUUGUGCUGCGAUCGGAUGCGGUUGUUUAACGUUCGCGUUGUGUUUGGAUUACUAGCACAAGUUAUUAACUUUUAUUUACAUACAUUAGAAUUUAAACUCUAUGCGUGAAUAAACAAAGGGAAAAAUAAGUUGAUGAACCAAAUACACAAUUAAUGUUGUUUAAAAGCAAUCAAAUUAUUAAAAAUCACGAGUGUUUAAUAAUUGGAGGUUAUAUUUUCGAGUAUAAUGGGUGAAUCUGAACCAGAAAUUGUCGAAAAAAGAAGCACGAAGCGCAGUAAACGCUCACCAGUUGCGGACCGGAAAAAAUCCCGGCGCGAUGAUUCCCCAGACGACAGAAAAACCAGCCGCCGUCGUCGAUCUGCAUCCUCAGAUUAUGAUAAAAGUAGAAAACGCUCACGUAGAAGAUACCAUGAUCUGGACAAGCCAGAAGAGGAAUACUCGCGAUAUUAUGGUGAGGAUAAACGGGAAAAUAAUGAUCGGUACUGGAGUAAAUACCCGAAGCGGGAUGAAAAUGUUAUUGGCUCAAGAUAUUAUGAUGUGGAUAAGGAGAGAGAUGAGUCUAAAGAAAGGGAAAAAGUGAAAGAUCCUGAAGUGAUCACACCUAAACAAAGAAAAACUGUUGAUUUAUUAACAUCGAAAACCGGCGGUGCGUACAUCCCGCCCGCGAAGUUGCGAAUGAUGCAAGCAGAGAUCACAGAUAAGUCAUCAGCAGCAUAUCAAAGAAUAGCUUGGGAAGCACUCAAGAAAUCUAUUCAUGGUCACAUUAAUAAAAUCAAUACAUCUAACAUCAAAAUUAUAUCAUAUGAAUUAUUGCAUGAAAAUAUUGUUAGGGGUAGAGGUUUACUCAGUAAAUCAAUCAUUCAAGCACAAGCUGCUUCACCAACAUUCACCAAUGUUUAUGCAGCUCUAGUGGCUGUGAUCAAUUCUAAAUUUCCCAACAUUGGCGAGUUGCUUUUAAAACGUUUGGUAUUACAAUUCAAACGUGGAUUCAAACAAAACAACAAAGUUACGUGUAUUUCUGCGGCGACUUUUAUUGCGCAUUUGGUUAAUCAACGCGUUGCGCAUGAAAUUCUCGCAUUAGAAAUAUUGACCUUAUUAGUUGAAUCACCUACAGAUGAUUCAGUUGAAGUGGCAAUUGCUUUCUUAAAAGAAUGCGGUCAAAAAUUAACUGAAGUAUCCAGUAAAGGUAUCAAUGCCAUUUUUGAAAUGCUGAGGAAUAUUCUGCAUGAAGGUCAACUAGAAAAACGCAUUCAAUAUAUGAUUGAAGUAAUGUUCCAAGUCCGAAAGGACGGAUUUAAGGAUCACGCCGCCAUCACUGAAGAACUCGACAUUGUUGAAGAGGAAGAUCAGUUCACGCAUUUAAUUACUUUAGAAGAUGUUAAACAAAAUAAUUCGGAAGAUGUUCUAAAUGUGUUUAAAUUUGAUGACAAAUAUGAAGAGAACGAAGGAAAGUACAAAGCUCUCAGCAAGGAAAUUCUUGAUUCGGACUCUGAUAGUGAUUCAAGUGACGGUGAGUCUGGCUCUGAGGAUGAUGAUGAAGACGAGGAUGAGGAAGAUGAAGAUAAACCUAAACAAGAUUUAAUUAUUGAUAAUACCGAGACGAAUUUAAUUGCUUUGAGGCGGACGAUUUACUUGACUAUUCAAUCCAGUUUGGAUUUUGAGGAAUGCGCGCAUAAAUUGAUGAAAAUGGAGUUGAAACCUGGGCAGGAGAUUGAAUUAUGCCAUAUGUUCCUAGAUUGUUGUGCUGAACAAAGAACUUAUGAGAAGUUCUAUGGACUACUCGCCCAACGUUUCUGUCAAAUUAACAAGGUGUAUGUAGCGCCUUUUGAGCAGAUUUUUCGAGAUACCUAUGCAACUACUCAUCGUUUGGAUGCGAAUCGUUUGCGAAAUGUGAGCAAGUUCUUUGCGCAUUUAUUGUUCACUGAUGCCAUCGGUUGGGAGGCUUUGAAUAUUAUUCAACUGAAUGAAGCCGACACUAACAGUUCAAGCCGUAUUUUUAUUAAGAUACUCUUUCAAGAGUUGGCUGAGUAUAUGGGACUUGGAAAAUUAAAUGCGAGAGUCAAAGAUGUUACAAUGCAAGAGUCUUUCAGUGGUUUGUUCCCGCGAGAUAAUCCAAAGAAUACGCGUUUUGCGAUUAAUUUCUUUACGACCAUUGGUUUGGGUGGUCUGACCGACGAGCUCAGAGAACAUUUAACGUCAAUGCCAAAAGUAACUGAGGUGCCUACCGUUCAGGUUUCAUCAUCAUCCAGUAGCAGUAGCAGUAGUAGCAGUUCAAGUUCAAGUUCCAGCUCGGAUUCCAGCUCUGAGUCUGAAGAAGAAAAAUCUCGAAAGAAGGAUAAACGUAAAAUUAAAACUAAAACCAGGACUAAAAAAAGUCCUGAAAAGGUACAAGAGAAAAGUGACAGAAGUGAGAGAAAUAAUAAGAAAGUAGACGAUUCUCGAAGAAGGGAUGAUGACCGCAAUAGAAGGGAUGAUGUCCGGAGCAAGAGGAAUGAAGAUCGUGGACGGCACAGCAGACGAGAUCAUGAAGAAAAAAGUCGAAGACACGGAAGGCGCAGUUAAUUUCUAUUUCAAUUUAAGAUUAAUUAUGAAGUUUUAUGUUUGGAAGCAUGUGUCUUCCUCUUCUGGUUUGAUUGUAAUAGGCGCGGCUUGUUGCAUAAGUGACCUGAAAGUAUCAACGCUUACGUUCGUAUUUCCAUCGAUUUUCAUGCCAAUAUUCCAUAAGGCAUCGAAUGUGUCGUCGGGAAAUUGAAAACCUAAGCGUUCGAAUAGUUUUCGAACGUAUUCCGGUUUGCGUGGCUAAAAUUGAAGCCGAUUAUAAAAACUAUGAUGAAUUCGUACAAUAAAUAUUACUGCUAAUAA